AUGCAUCGGGAUCGCCCGCGAGGCCCUCGAGGCCGGCAACCGGGAGCGGGCGCUGCGCUUCCUCAACAAGGCCCAGAAGCUCUACCCGACCGAGACCGCCAGAGGUACGUUCGCCCUCGGGCGCCUGGGCCUCGGCCGGCCGUGUUGCUGGAAGCAAUCAUUAAAAAUGGGAGUGCUGCUGGGAGUGGUGCUUACUGUCGAAAGCCUGCAAGUGGCAGUGAUCAAAAUAAAACUAACAAUAUGAAGGACAGCAGUACAUCUGCUUCCAGUGAAAGUGGGAAGACCUACACCAAAGACCAAGUGGAAGGAGUACAAAGUAUAAAAAAAUGUAAAAAUUAUUAUGAAGUCCUUGGAGUAUCCAAAGAUGCAGGUGAAGAGGACCUGAAGAAAGCUUAUCGAAAGCUUGCUCUGAAGUUUCAUCCAGACAAAAACCAUGCACCAGGAGCAACAGAAGCAUUCAAAAAGAUUGGGAAUGCAUAUGCCGUGUUAAGCAACCCAGAAAAACGAAAACAGUAUGACUUCACAGGCAGUGAAGAUCCAUGCAGUCAUCCUGGCAAUGGUAGAUUUAACUUCCACAGGGGUUGUGAAGCUGAUAUUACUCCAGAAGACCUCUUCAAUAUGUUCUUUGGAGGGGCAUUUCCAACAGGUAGUGUACAUUCCUUUUCCAAUGGACGGUCUGGCCACAAUCACCAUAAUCAACAUCGUCAUAGUGGACAUGAAAGAGAAGAGGAGAGGGGUGAUGGUGGCUUCUCGAUGUUCAUUCAGUUUAUGCCAAUUAUUAUGUUGAUCCUUGUUUCUUUGUUGAGCCAGCUGAUGGUGUCUAAUCCUCCAUAUGCUUUAUAUCCAAGAUCGGGUACAGGGCAGACCAUUCAGAUGCAGACAGAAAACCUGCAUGUUGACUAUUAUGUUAACAAAGACUUUAAAAAUGAAUACAAAGGUGCAAGUUUGCAGAAGAUAGAAAAGAGUGUUGAAGAAGACUAUGUAACGAACAUCCGAAAUAACUGCUGGAAAGAGAGGCAGCAAAAAACAGAUUUACUAUAUGCUGCUAAAGUGUAUCGAGAUGAACGUCUUCGAAGGAAAGCCGAAGCCAUUUCCAUGGACAACUGCAAAGAACUAGAGCGGUUGACCAGUAUCUACCGAGGAGGAUGAGCUAAAUUCUUGCUUGUACUUCUCCAAAGUACAUGCUCCCUAUAUGUAUAAAAAGGAAAAAAAUAUAUGUAAACUGAGAAAAUACUGUGCCGUCAUGACAGCUAAAAAAAAAAGAGGGAUAUAAAACUCUACUGUGUAGCUGUUUCCAAAAACCUUAUCCUGAAGUUCCAAUAUCAUUUAAUAGCCUCUUUACUUAGUCUGAAAUAUAUGACAAGGUUUGUUUACAUCAUUGAACUGUCCUUUAAAUUUUACUCUCAAGGCUUCUGUGAACUCUUCUGCAAGGAAGCAGCAGCUCGGAUGGGCUGGCUAUUCUUAUAGAGAUGUAGACAUAGUGGUUCUCCUCCUUAAAAUACUUGCCAUGUAAAUAUGUGUGGAAAAAGAACGCGUGUGUAUAUAAAAUUGUUAAGGAAAUCUCAAAGGUAUUUAGAGGCAUUAAAACGUUUAAUCUCAUGGAUGGAAUAAAUAUUAUGACUACAUCAUUCCUUGUUCUGCUGUCAGGUGCGUGGAACUAAAAGAAAAUGUAACUAAUUUCUUUGCAUACAGUUCUAGCUUGGAGGAACUUUACUGUUGUUUUCAAGGCCAUGUAGAUUUAUAAUGAAAAUGUUUGGAUAAAGCAAUCUGCUGGUGGAGUAUCA